ACAACAACAACCUGCCUUUCCUGACCGGACUGGGCGGUAGCACGGGGAGCGUGUUCAACAACAACGGCAACAACUUGGUGAGCGGAGGGAGCGGUUUCCCGGUGACAAACACGAACCAACUUCCGGAGGGAAUGACACUGCAAAAGGUGAUGUUUGGGACAAUGAGUGUGUUCGAUGAUGAGCUGACAGAGGGUGAGGAAAUGGGUUCGGGUUUGGUGGGUAAGGCGCAGGGCUUUUACAUUGCGAGCGCUGUUGAUGGAACCAGCCAGCUCAUGGCUUUCACUGCUAAGUUCCAAGAUAACGCUUACGCUGACAGUCUCUGCUUCUUUGGCGUCCAUCGUACUCAAGUUUCCCAAUCUCAACUUGCCAUCAUUGGAGGGACUGGCAGAUAUCUCAACGCACAAGGCUAUGCCAUCAUCAAGACUUUUCCGCUUUCCCCUAAUCAGCAACACAAUACUGAUGGCGUCCAGACUCUCCUGCAACUCACUGCAUAUCUUUCCUAUUAAUUACUUCACUGCUUUAAUUUUACUCUUUCUAUUUCCUUUCCGUCUCUCAUCUCUUCAAUCCACUCUCUUGUCUAGUGUGAGUCAAAGUUGGUUUUCCCGGUCAUAAUUGGGUUCAUUUUCACCUGUAUCUAUCUAUGACUUGGGAUUUAUCUGCCAUGCAUACUUUAAUUUGUUAGUAAUUAAUGGGAAUGGAUGAAAUCAUUGUUGGAAAAA